AACGAAGGCGGAAGUAGCAGUGAGUGAACCCUCUCGCUCUCAUCCCACAGUACGGACUAGGGCGUAUCCACUCUUUGGGAAUCAGGAAACACGUUAACGUUGGUAACAAGUCCCUCCUUCAGUUUGGUCUGACCACGGUCAGUGGUGACCACACCGUCCAACGGCUGCCAGUCCCCGAACAUCACCACCGGUCCUCCGGUUUGCUCCUGUCCAUCAAUGGCUGAUUCAACCGUCAAUACACCGGGUCAGCCUACAGUUACUGGACCAGGUAACGGUGGAGCAGGGGGAGGCAACCCGGACUACACUGCUUUCAUCCUGGUGCCUGUGUUCUUCAUCCUGGGCCUGUUGGGGGUGGUGAUCUGCCACGUGUUGAAGAGGAAGGGCUACCGCUGCACCACUGAGGCCCACGAUGAGGAGGAGGAGUUUGAGGAACAGGAGAAGGAUCCCGAGCUGGGCGGAGACAUGAAUGACACGCUCAGUGAGAACAACGACACAGUUGGGCAGAUCGUCCGCUACAUCAUGAAAAAUGAAGCAAACUCUGACGCCCUGAAAGCCAUGGUUCAUGAAAACAGCAUCGACUCUGAUGGCCCUCCGCUCACCCCCACCUCUCCCGGCACCCCGACCCCUCCCAUGACUCCCAUAUCACCGGGUGCACCUGCAGGAGCCGCCAAGCACACCUGCAACCACCUGCACACCAUCGGUGGCCUGGGAGGCAACAAGAACAUCUGCACCCGCUGCAGCCAGAAGAAAUGGCCGCUGAUGAGGAAGCCGUCGGCCCGUAAGACGGAGCAGCGCCGCAGCCACCAUGGAGAGGUCACGGUCCUGGCUGUGGGCAGGUUCCGGGUGACAAAGUGUGACAAACCAACCAGAGAGAGGCGGAGCCUGCUCGUAACAGAUGCCAACGGGAGCGUCCCCACGUCUCCUACAGAGGUGGAGCCCAAGAGCCGGACGACAUCUGAGUCCCAGCAGGAGGAGACGAACAACUUGGACAAAGAGAAACGAUAGAAACUCAGUUUUCCAAAGAGAGGAGAAAAACAACACUCGGACACUUUUUAAAAACCCAAACAAGACCAAUGAAACAUCAGCACUGGAGAGGCGAGGUCGACCCGGGAGUCGUCCCCUCCACAUUCCUGCUCCACGCGGAGUCACAAGUGCUGCUGCUGAUAAUGAUGAGGACGACAGCGGCGAGAGUGACACACAGAGUCACAACAGCCGGUAAUUUUACAAGCAGAAAGCGGGGAAAGUGUGUCUGCUUGUGACGCACUCCAUCUCCUCUUAAAAUAGAUUUACAGUAGUGCCUUGCUCAAGGGGCGUUAAAGCAGGGCGGCUGCUUAAUGUCACAGGAGCCUGAACCAGGGCCUUCCCGAUGAACUAAGGUCUUGUUACUCAAUAUGCAGAUGAUGUGAUGUUUUUUGUAUAUGGAGGUAGAGAAAAGUUUUGCAUGUAAUCAGUCAGUUAAUUGUUUAAUCUAAAACCCAGAAACAGGUACAGUCUGAGAAUAAAGUGUGGGUUGUCAUUCCCAAACAGGAAGUAGGAACAACCUGACGAUGGCCGUCACAGAUCCAGGAAGUAGACCGGAGUAUUAGGAGAUGUGACGAGAAGAGUUUAAGAAACUGUAAUCGUAUCCUGUGGUGGUGUGAAGAGAGCGCAGUAUUCUGGGUUAAACGACAAAUAAGCUUCAAUAUUCAGACACAGACUCAUCGUUUUCUCUAAAAGUGACAGUGUUAUUUUGACAUUAAUUGCGAACGUUAAACAAGCCAGUCUGUUCCCGCCCAUUAUGGUCACUACCAGAUUUUAUAUUUGUAAUUCCCCAUGUGUCAGACAUUUCUACGGAAGCUGAGAAUGGCCGUGCUUGCAGUUAUUUUUCUAAUGCCGUCAUCUUGAGAUCCAGAAGUUUAUUAUUUCGUUUUCUUGAGAUAACGAAGCUGUUUUGAUGUCGAUUCUCGAGAAAACAAAAGGCCAGUCUUUAGAGAAUUAAAUAAUUUAUCACAAGAAACAGGCGGGUUAACAGUGGUUAGCAUUGUCGCCUUACGGCAAAAGGGUUCAUGGGUCGAACCUGGGAGCCCAUCAUAUUCUAAACAUGUCAGCGUGGGUUAACUUACGUACUUACUUUGCACACUGAGUCUGUUUUUUUUUUGGAUGCGUUUUUUGUUUAUCCAUCACCCUGUGAAAUGAUUCUGCGCGCCCCGUUCCUCUGUCUUGUCACGGCUGUGUCCUGCUGCCACAUUUUCUUCUCUGAUUCUUGGUCAGACGUCUCUAAAGGCUCGGACAGAUGCAAAAAACGCAGAAAGUUGAACAUCCAAAAAUUUUAAUGACGGACGAACGUUUCGAACUCAAAGUGCAAAUGUGAUUGACACAACAUGAAGUUGUGUUUAUUUUUACAUGUGCGACAAUUUCAGAUGAAAUGUGUGAAGGCCCAGAGGACACAACCUUUUGCUUUUCUUGUGUGAGUUUUGUGAAAACUGGUUGAUUUAGGUUGAUUCUUGAGAAGAAAAAGGGCAAUUUCUCAAGAUAACGAGAUAAUUUAUCUCGAGAUCAUGAGUUAAUCAUGGAGAACUGAAAAAUGAAUGUCCAGUUCAUGUGAUCACAUCUCACUCUCAUGACUUUCAGGAGUCUUCGAGACAUAAAUGUGUAUUUUUGUUUGCUGUAGUUGCGUCAUUAGAGCAAGAGGAAACAACCUUUGUUUUUUUGCCUGUUUUUAUAACGGGUCAAUUAUCUCAAAAAAAUAACAAAGCUCGUUUUCUUGUGAUCACGGUAAUUUAUGUUGAUUUUCGAACAGUUUACAGAUUUUUUGAGAUAAUAAGCUAAGUCAACACAAGAAAACAACUUUCGUCGUCUCAUAAUCAUUCUAGUAUUUAUAGAGAACUCAAAAGUGAGUGUCUGGCUUAUAAAAUAAUUGCAAGUUUGGCUGUUCUUGGCUUAAAUACUAAUCAAUCAGUCAAUUCUUGAGAAAACACAUGGGUUGAUCAUGGUUUAAUUGUGGGAAACUCUACUCAGUUCAUUUAUCACACCUCACUGUCAUGACUGUCUGGAGAAUUCAUAACUAAAUAUAAAUGUAUUUUUGUUUGAUGCAUUAACGUAAUUAAAGCAAGUGACCUUUUUUUUCUCAAGAUGACAGGCUGAUUAUCUCUUUACUGCACGUUAAAAAGAAAAGCUUUGUUAUCUCAGGAUAACAGUAUGAAAAAAUAUUAAGCACGGCUGUUCUCGGCUUCCCUGCAUCACUAAAACAUUAAACUUUAUUGUUUUAGACAUUUUAUCAUCUUAUGAAGUUGUUUGAUUUUGUGAAAGUGUUUCCUGUUUACACCUACAACAUUAGAAAUCGUGGAGUUGGUGUUUAACUCUUUUAGCUUUGUUUUGGUCUCCACACAGGCGUUUAUCAGGUGGAGAAUGUCUAAGAUGCAUUAUGGGAAAUGUAGGAUCAAGUGUUGUUGGUGCUAAAGACAAUGAGCCUGUUUUGACCUGGUAUUAACAUGUGUUUAGGUGAUUCGGUGUCAAUCAUGCAUCUCCAGCCGACCACUUGUGUUCAGAUUUCGUUACUGCUAGGAUGCAUUAGUGUUUACACUGCAAAAGAUAUGUGGUUAAAUACACAUGUUCAUACCAGGUAUAAUCAGUCUCUGAGAGACAGUAUAUCUCAGCCUGUGUAACUUUAUUAAAAAGUAAAAUCUGUCUCAAGUGAGUCCUGUACAGAGAGGCGAAGCCCCUUAUCUUCCAGUGUCCCCACCGGAACCUUUUUUCCGGAAACAAUAGGUAUUGUAGUUAAAUGACGAGAGGCAAAUAAGUUGUUGAUCCUGUUAACAUUGUGCCACAAGUUACACAUAUGAUGUUUGUCAAUUUACAAGAUCAUUUUGUAAUUCAAGAAAGCUGCAAUUUGUUGAAGGUUCAGUUUUGUGUUAAACCGAUCAGUGAUCUACAUCUUUUGUCAACACCAGCUAGCUAGCUAGCUAGCUUAGCCAUGUUCCACACACACAUGUAAUGUUCAGCAAGAGAGAAAGCUAUGACGUCACUGACGCAACUUGCGUAGUUGUUUUAAUCAUGUAUUUUCAUGGUCUUAAACUGAAAACACACCAGCCCCCGCCACGGCAAGGCACGUUAUGUGAUGCACAUCGAUUGCUGCCCCUAGCAUGCACCAGACGCUUCACACUGACGCAAAGUUAUUACUACUUUUACUGACAGAUCUGUACCUCUUCCACUUCUGCGUUAGCUUAAAAUCACGUGUGGACAGCUCCUAAUUAAAGUUGAUUUCUCAGCUUCUCCAGAGCUAUGACUCGCCAGGCGAUAUCUUUUUGGCCACUUUCUUUAUGACAAGAUUGUGGGUCGUUUAGCUCAGGAUAUUUCUCCACCUCCACAACGAGUCUCUCGUUAUCAAUUCUUUGUCACACACAAGACAGCAACAGCUACGGAGUUCUCUUUAUACAUCCAUAAUGAGGAGAGGAGUCGAGCUGCUAUAGGAGCAGAGAAAAAGAGCUGUCACAGGAGCUGGUCUGUACAAGCAGAUAGCAAGUAGGGGAAAAUGCAUUUAAUUCGGGGGGUAAUGAGGCUGGAAAUAGGACAGUGGCACGCAUCUAGUUGCUGCCGGUGUGGGGUUCUACAUCGAAAAUAUUAGGGGCGUGUUUUUUGACACAUGGCUUUUUGGCUCGCAAAAUAAUCUUAUGCGAAAUUUUUGGCACAUUUCAAACGGGAUCAAAAAUUAUUUGUCUUUCGUCGUUGACUACAGUAAACCUUUUUUCCGAAGUAAGGUCGCAUAGUGGUCCAUCAGAAUGGGAGGGACUCGCCUCUCUACAAAAGAAGGGUACUAAAUCAUUGGAGCAGCCCUUUAAAGACCCUCCUGAGUUAAGACAUAAUCACCUGAAUAUAUACUUUCCCAGAUCUUUGUGAUCAAACAUAUAAUUUUAGGCAUGUUUUCUUCCAACUUUAUAUCUGUGAACGUAAUUGUGCCUCAUUUUUUAAAAACACGUACAGUAAACCUGUUGUUAUUCAAAGUUUGGGAGAGUUAGCCGUGUUUUUAUUGUUGUAUAAUGAAAUAAAUAAAGACAACUAACACAUAUCAAACCAUGAA